AUGACCGACGAAUCUUCUGCAAGCAGCUCCGAUCAUAAUGUCCUUGAAGAUGAGAAUAAGGAUAUUAGUGGUACAUUUCAGCUAGAAUAUAGCGAGCUAGAACGAAAUGAAGAGGUUUUUUCUCAAGAGGGAUCGGAUAAUAAAAAUAUAGAACUUUUUCAACAGGAAAAGAUAGCCUUCUAUCCGUACAAGGAAUUUGAACAAAUAGAGAAAAUUGGCGACGGAUCAUGUGGAGAUAUAUUUAAAGCAACUUUAAAGAAUACUCAGAGAAUUGUGACCAUUAGGCCAGCUCCUUUGUCGGAUGAAUUCAAACUUCAGGAUUUAAUUAACGAGAUCAAACAACAUGAAAAAUUAGAAUAUAAUUAUAAUAUCUUAAGGUUCCAUGGUAUAAGCACUCAAGAAUGUUGGCAACAAAACGAUAUUAAACGCCCUACUGCUGAACAAGUUCACACUGCGCUUAGUGAAAUCGAUAUUGAUGAUGUGUUAAGUAAUUAUGAAAUAUUAUGCUCAUUUGACGAUAUAUCAAAAGAAGAAUCGUCCAGUAAAGCUAAGGAAAUCGACGGAGUCGAAAUACCUACAUCCGAUAUUAAUGCUGAGUCUAGUGAAUCACAUAGAUCCGCCAAUGGCAUUGAUAAUGCUGAGCUUUCUGAAGAUGCAGAUUCUACAUCUCAAUUUGAUACAGACAUUCAAAUUGAUUUGCCACCCGUCGAGACAUUUUCUGAGAUAGAUCAGUAUAUAAAGGGGUUAUUUCAAUUUUAUAUUGAUCAAUUUAAUAUGCAGCAUCAUUCCGGACAAGUUGCUCUUAAGGUUAGAAAGUACAUGGAAGGGGAUAAAAAAAAUCCUACCAAAGUAUUCGCGCAAGUUCUUCAACAUCCGAAUUUUUCUUACUUCACAAGUCUAGUGGGUUUUUUUUACCGUCACGGAAUAGGUACUCUAGUCGAUUACGAGAUGGCAUUUGAAAUGUAUUCAAUGGCAACCAACGAGAUGGAAUAUGAUAUACUUGAAGAAUCUGAUGAUCUUCUAUUAUUUGAUCGUUGUAAAAGGGAAAAUACGAUCAUUGGCCGAAUUUCUCUCGGGUUACUGUAUUAUAAUGGGUUAGGUUUAAAGAAAGAUGAGAAGAAGGCAUUUCAAAUAUUUAUGGAUGCCGCGGAAGAUGGCUCGAGCUGGGCUCAAUCAUGUGUUGGCCAUUGUUAUUACAGCGGGCGGGGUGUCGACGAGAGAGAUGAAUCAAAAGCAUUCGAAUGGAAUUUUAAAUCAGCUAAGAAUGGAAGUCUUGUCGGUCAAUGCAAUCUUGGAUAUUAUUAUCAAGGUGGUAUUGGUACCGAGUUUAAUGAACAAGAGGGGUUCCAACUUUAUUUGCAAGCAGCUGAAGCAGGAAACAUCGAAGCAGCAUAUGUUGCUGGAUAUUGUUACGAAGUUGGUAAGGGCGUUGGAAAAGACGAAAGGAAAACCUUUGAAUGGUACCUGAAGCUUGGAGAACAAGGGUACGAUAUAGCUCAGUGUGAUGUUGGUUAUUGUUAUUAUAAUGGAAUCGGCGUGGCGAAAGAUGAAGAAAAAGCAUUUGAGUGGUAUCUGAAAUCUGCUGAAAAUGACUAUUCAUUUGGACAGCUACAAGUUGGAAAGUGUUACAAGAACGGGUAUGGAACGCAGAAGGAUAUUUUGAAAAUGUUCCAUUGGUUAACGAAAGCUCGUGAUAAUGGCGAACAAGAUGCUGAAGACAUACUUCAAGAUAUUAUUGAUAGAAUGGUUUAA